AUGCUCACAUACACACCUGAUCAGAUCCGCGACUCGCGGCUUAAGCCGGGAAAUACUGGUCUGGUAUUGCCAGUACGCGCAGCAUUUGUCAUCCUGGUGCGCAACAGCGAGCUGCACCAGCUGCGCGCGACCAUUCGGCAGCUAGAGGAUCAGUUCAACGCACGGCACAGGUACCCGUAUGUGUUUCUUAACGACAAACCUUUCACCGAAGAGUUCAAGCGCGCCAUGGAGUGGGUCACAAGUGGUGAUUGCCACUUUGGGCUGGUACCCUACGAGCACUGGUCAAUGCCGCCCUGGAUCGAUCGCGUGCGCGCAAAGUGGGCCAUGACCAUGAUGGGCAGCCGGGUUCCGUACGGCGAUAGCGAGAGCUACCGCAAGAUGUGCAGGUACGAGUCUGGUUUUUUUUUCCGGCACCCGCUGCUCGAUGGUUUUGACUACUACUGGCGCGUCGAGCCCGGCGUCGAGUUCACUUGCAGCAUCCCCUACGAUCCAUUCAAAUUUAUGGUCGACAACAACAAGAGCUAUGGUUUCGCCAUCUCACUUCGCGAGAUCCCAGUCACUGUGAAGAGCCUGUGGAAGACCACCAAUGCUUUCCGUGCUGCGUACCCCGACUACACUGCACCCAAUAACAUGCUGCGCUGGGUGACUGCCCCCGACGGUGACUACAACAUGUGUCAUUUCUGGUCGAACUUUGAGAUUGCUUCCCUCGCUUUUCUUCGCAGCCCCCAGUACACUGCCUACUUUGACUUUCUUGACCGUGCGGGUGGCUUUUUUCUUGAGCGCUGGGGUGAUGCGCCCAUUCAUUCGCUGGCCGUAGCUAUGUUCCUCAACAAGUCGCAGGUCCAUUACUUUGACAUUGGAUACUACCACAGCCCGUUUCAGAACUGCCCGACAGAUCCGCACUUCAACGCGCAGCACUGCUUUUGCAACUCCAACCACUCAAUGAUAUACAACGAGGACUCGUGCACGAAUGACUGGCUUGCCCUGUAG